UCGAUGCAGAAAAUCAGAAAAUUAGUUUAAUCAACGAAGUCCAUUGAUUUUUUAAUGAUUCCAUAUGAUAAUUAUUCAUUAUUGUAAUUGAUUCAAGUCGAUUAACUGUAAUGCCAUCGUUCAAUAAGUCUAUAAACAUAAAAUAAACAUAGGGAUGCCCCGAGUUUGUUGACUGUUUUGACGGUCUCGUUUUGGUUUAUUUUGGGAAGUUCGUCAUGGCGAGGUUACGUUUUCCUGGCCGUCCUGGACAUCGUUUUGACAGAAUUAGCGUCAGAUUCUUUGCCGAUGACGUCAAGAAUUUGCAAGACCCUUCCUUAGCAUUUUUACCGCAAUUCCAGCGUGGGUUGAAGUCAUUCAGAGACAUUGUUGGCUUGUCUGACGAGGAAGAGGACUUUGAAGGUUUCUCAAAAGCAGAGCUUGCUGCUAGUCAGAAGAAAUAUGACGAAUACACAGUCAGAGCGAAGAAAAGACAAACUGAGGAAGGGGUCAUUUUUGGCCAGCAAUCAGUUAAGCUUGGUUCUAAGAUUAAAUUUAAGGGGAAAGGUCAAUAUGGAAAAAUUUAUAAAUGUCUCCCAAAAGAAGACAUUGAUGGUUCCAGUAGUAAAACGUUUGACCAGCCAGGAUUUUGUGAAGGAACUUCCAUUAAAAAUGUUGCAAAACCAAAGACAUUUAAGCUUGAUUACAAGCAUGGAAUACAGCAUGUUAAGCCAACUGUCAAAACUAAAAAGACUGAAAAGGAUAUGGCUAAGUUCUUGCUUGAAAAAGCAAAACAAGCUAAUAAGUUGGUAGAGCAGAAAAGGAUUAAAAGGCUAUCUCCGAAUAAGAAAACUGUUCAGAGAAAGGCAUUUGUGCUUCCAACGAAAAGUUCUAGAUCUUCGCGUGUGAUAAAACCAAACAAAAGACUGUUAGAUGAUGAGUCUGUGGAUUAUUCAAUUGUUCAGAAAAAAUCAAAGCCAGCGGCAGAUUCUCCAAAAUCCCCUCCAGUUAUACCUAAAGGAAAGUUUAGUUUAGGCAGUGCAAAGAUUUCUAGACCGUUAUUAGCUAGUCCAAAGGAACAUGUUUUGUUUACAGAAGGGCCUGGCAUUGGACUUUUAGACCAACCGUUGAUAGUUGAUGGUAAAAGAGAUCGAAAACCGAGCCUUAAGCUUCAGUUGUCUGAUGAAGAAUCAUUUGGAUUCCCACCAAAUAUUUCACCUCUCAGAAGCCCCUUGGCCGCACCUAAGCUCGGAACAGGGUUAUUUCAACAAUCACAAUUUCAGAAAGGAGAGAAACAGAAAUUGUUAAAUCUUGGCUCGUCAAGAAAGCAGGGUUCUUCAAUAGUUCAAAAAGCAAAAUUGCAGUUAAAUAGGGCAGCGUUAAACAAGUCAAAGGCUGCAUUAGCGAGGUCCCUUAAAGCUGAAAUAAAACGGCAAGCAAAAAAAGAAAUAUCUCAAAAACAAGCAGAUACACCUGUCGUUAAAGAUGUGGAACAAUCUGAGAGUAAAAGAUUGUUGAAAACGAAGCUGCUGCAAAAGUUUGGGCGCCAUUGUGUCAUUUGUUCGAUCACAAAAUCGAAGGACGAACUUCGCAUGUACAUGAACAAGGUCAUUAUGUGCAAUAACUGCUUGAGAAGUUACAAGGCAUCGUACGAAGCAGCUGAGAAAGGGACGUUUGUCAAAUCUUGUUGUCCAGCUAAAGGGAAGUGUAUCGGUCAUGGAAUGUGUCGUGACUGCAGACUGACAAAAUGCAUUGCGAUGGGACUCCCAGCCGUGGGUUUGAUGUUAGUGCAUUACGGAAAAUCCAAGAUUCUUAACAAAUCAGCAGACAGUUUGACCCUCUCCUCCCCAGAGGCGUCUGUGAGAUCGCGGCAGACUUUCAUCUCUCCGUCCACAUCAAUAAUUGAUGAUUCACCUGUACAACCAGCUGCAAGGAUAGAUAAGAGCGCUACCGAGCUGGAGUUAUCCCCCUUGAAGGUUGGUGAGGGCUCAGAUAAGAAGCAGCGGAAACGUAGAGCCUUCAAGGAGCUGUUACGAACCAAACAAGAGAGGUCUGCAGAUUCCGACAGCACUUCACAAGAUCUCUCCCAAUGCUCUGAGCCAGUAACACCUCUAGCAGUAGGCAGCGUGGAGAUUUCACCAAAGGGCUCGGGAUCCGGACCACGUAUCAAGCAUGUAUGCCGAAAUGCUGCUGUGGCGCUGGGAAGACCAUUAGCUACGUUUCCCGAGAAGUCUGAGCUGCGUCUAAGUGCCUUACCCACCAAAGACAAAGUGCAGCUAUGGAAGAAAGAUGAGGAAUGCAAGUCAACGGAUCUCAGUUCUGAUGAUGAGCGUCCAAUGGCAGAUAUCAUCCAGCAGUCUUCCGACAGUGGUGUAACGAUCAUAAGGAAAACAUCCCCUGCCAAGCCCCUCAAGAAACUGACUGGGGCGGGCGGCCUACAUCUGUACAAGAGAAAAAUCAGGUGCAAGAAAUGCCGUGGUUGUCUUGCACUCGAUUGCGGAAAAUGUCGGUUCUGCAAAGAUAAACCUAAAUUUGGAGGCGCCGGAAUUAUAAAGCAGUGUUGUGUGAACCGAAAAUGUGAAGCUCCAUUGGUUAAGAGAUCGGCAACGGAGGCUUUCAUCAACCCAAAACCAAAGAUGGGUUUACGAGAAAAACUUCCACAACCGGGAGCCAAGAUCGUCCAAAUGAGGCCAAACCAGCUCCUGCCUGAUUCUGAGCCAUCCAAAAGUGACCUUGACCUUGAUUCUGCAGAAGGGUCAGAUGACCUUGAUGAUGACCUUGACCCAGUUAUUCCAGGUUCAGAAAGGUCAGAGGCUGUUCAUGGUCUGGGAUUCCAGGCGGGGACUUUGUUAGAUCAAGCUCCAGCGCCUAUGACUAGUGAUAAUAACAACAGUAGUGAUUUUAAGGCACCACAAAAACAGACUCAAUUGAGUAAGGCAGUUGUAUUGAGAAAUCCACAGUCCCAAAGUCUGGGCGUCACUAGAGUAGGAAUUCGGGAAAUAGGUCAAAGUUCGGAGGUCAGGAGAUUGACCUUUGAGGAUGAGUCAGCAGAUUUUAGACUUGAAAGGCUGCCAUCUAGACGACCUGGCAAACUGCCAACAAAACUUGCUAAGAAGCUGGAGUUGAAUCAGAAAUACACCAAAAGAGAAGGAGGGAAUGAUGGUCAGUGCUAUCCAGUCAGCUUGCAGUCUAUAAAUCCAGCCUCAAGACAAUGGGGCAGUCUACUAUCUCAACCUAGCUAUUACCCUAUUAAAGUGGAUUUUAAGAGAAGUUGUGAUAUGAACAGUGCAUGGCGCUAUGGUAUAGCCCUGACAAUGUCAUCUGCCAUGAGUGUACGGACAUUGUGUUUUCUGUGUGGAAGUGCAGGCAAGCAUGAGCUGAUAUAUUGCAACAUAUGCUGUGAGCCGUUCCAUGAAUUUUGCCUGGAAGACUGGGAACAGCCGGAACCUGGUCAUUAUGACGACUGGAUAUGCCCCGCCUGUCAGUUCUGUCAUGUGUGUGGACGCCAAAAUAAUUUGUUGCAAUGUGAUAAAUGCCAGAACACCUACCACCCCGGAUGUCUUGGGCCCAACUACCCCACCAAACCCUCAAAACGGAAAAAUAUCUGGAUUUGCACCAAAUGCGUGAAAUGCAAGAGUUGCGGAGCAACGACACCUGGGUCAGCGGCAGGUGCCACGUGGACGUACGAUUUCUCACUGUGUAACGAGUGCGGAAAGCUCAUGGACAAGGGAAACUUCUGUCCCAUCUGCAAGAAGUGCUACUCUGACGAUGACUGGGAAUCAAAGAUGAUACAGUGUAAUAUGUGCGAGAGCUGGGUGCAUUCCAAGUGCGAGGGGCUAACUGAUGAGAUGUACGAAAUCCUAUCCUACCUUCCUGAAGAUCUCUCGUUCUACUGUCGGAAGUGUUUUCCUGUGGGAUGUCCCGAGUGGGAAAGUACGCUAAAGCGGGAACUUUCCCGGGGGCUGGAGAAUAUACUACAGACUCUCAUACUUGCCAAGUCUGCCCAGUUUCUGCUUAAACAUGAGAAGAAGAAAUCACCACCAAAAGAAAUCCUUGCAGAAGUCGAACCACAAGAUUCUUCUGUAAAUCUUGUGAGACGAAAUCUUACUGACAUUGGAAGUGACAUCAUUGUUGAAAAGUGCAAUAAAGACAUUGAAUCAAAGGAUGACUCUGGAAAUGGCAAACACAAAUCUAAAGAUGAUAUAGAAACUGACAAAUUUGAUUCCAAAGAUAACUGUGAAAAUGGCAAGCUUUUGACUGAGGGUGGGGGUAGCUUUGUUGAUGUUGAGAAAGCUGAUGUUGUUAAUCAAUGUGAUAAGAAUGAAACUGUGGAUAAGGUAGAAUCUGAAAUUGAUAAAGUUUGUCAUGGGGCUCAUGAUUGUGAGAAGGAAAGUAAUGUAAGAACUAAUGAUGAGAGGAAUUUGGAUAUUGCUGCAAGUGAAAGUGUUGCUCAAACUACUGAGAACACUAAAACUAAAGUUAACAAGAAUUCUGAAUCCGGUGAAAAUUGUGUGCAAGUCUGUGAUAAAAGUGCUGGUGAAAUUGCUGAAGGUAAAAGUGAAGAUAAGAGAACUGAUCAGGAAGAAAUUAUCUGUGAUGUUGAAGAGAAGAUGGACACUGAAGAUGUGGGAGGUGAGUGUUUGAGUGAUAAAAUAGGCAGCUAUGCAAAUGACGAGAGUGAAUCUCAGGGUGUUAAUGAUAAAUCUGCAGAUCUCAAUGUUGAUGUUAAUGAGACUGAGUGUAUGCAAGUAGACUGUGAUAAGGAUGAACUGAAAGUCGAAACUGAAGCUAGUGACAAUCCAGGUGAAAAGAUUGGAGCUGACUGUGAUAUGAAAGAGGAUUUAAACGAAGAUAAAGAAAACAGUACAGGAACUGUUCAAUCAACUGAAAGUAAUGUAGACAAAGCUGUGAUUGAUGGUGUUACUGAACUUAGUGAUACAAAAACUGUUGAAUGUAAACAAGGUGAUGCAAAAGAAGCAGGAGAUACAACUGCUACUGUUGAUGGUACUGUUGAUGGUAAUGUUGUUUCAGCUAAGCCUCGUGUACAGUUUAAUGUUGGUGAAUAUUUAGAAAAGAAGAAAGAUAUUGUGAAAGAAGAAGAGGAAGAUAUGGAUCCCAAGGAUUUGAUGGAGGUUGUACAGAAAAUGAAGGCAGGGGAUUACAAGAGUGUGGGGGUGUUUUGUGAGGACAUUCUGCGGGUGAUUCAGACAUACCUGGAUGAGGAGGAUGAAAAUAGAGCCUACAAGCGGAAGGCCACACAGACAGCUAGAUCCGUAUUUGUUAAGCAAAUUGAAAGGAUCUUCCCCUGGUUCAAUGUGAAGACCUGUCGACACUGGUACAGCAGCAAAAGUCUUCCAAAGGGCAUGCUACCUGACGCAACCCUGCCGCCCAAUGACGACCACACCUACGCACAGUGGCUGGAGAGAAUUGAGCCCCCUCGGUCCCCCCAACACUCACCUUACAAGAAAAAGGCCGCUACCCCUGUGAAGAGAUACAUACCAGAUGAUGAAGAUCUUGAGCUGGGUCAGCUAUUCGAGGGCGAGGACGAGAGACCGUGUAUCUUUUGUCAGACAUUCGGUGACCAGGACGGAAAUGAGGCUGGUCGGUUGUUGUAUUGCGGCCAGGAUGAUUGGUGUCACGUCAACUGUGCUUUGUGGUCUGCGGAGGUUUAUGAAGAUGCUGAUGGAGCUUUAUUAAACCUUCCGGAGGCCUUUAGCAGGGGAAAACAACUGCGUUGUGAUGUAUGCAACAAAAAUGGCGCCACUGUGGGGUGUAACACUCGUGGCUGCAAGUCCAACUACCACUUCAUGUGUGCGAGACGCUGGGAGUGUCGAUUGCAGGAAGAUAAGAAGGUCUUCUGUAAGGCACAUCGCUUCAACAUAGAUGGAGAGUUGCUGCCAAGUGACAAAUUCAACGUCAUACGGCGAGUAUACGUGAACGUUGCAAGUAUCCGGACUACCAAGAAGAAAUGGUCCAAAGGUCUUCAUGUGGCCGACAUCAAUGUCUUAUUUGGAUCAUGUUGUGUGGAGAGUUUGGGACGCCUUACAGAUCUAUCCGACAAGCCAAAAUAUCUCCAGCCUGUGGACUUCUUAUCUACCAGAUUGUACUGGAGCACAAAGGACGCUCGAAGGCGAUGUAUGUACACCUGUAGAAUCAUUGAGGUUCGACCGGACAUGCUCAAAUUCCCCGCAAUCUCAUUACCAGACAUGAGAAUAGUCCAUGAUCCAAAGCAUCCCGAAUUUGUCCCGUUGGAAAAGCUAGAUCUCUCUAGUUAUGGUAUCAAUCUUCAUACAGGACAUAAGAGUCUUCAACGAGCAUCUGUGAUCGAGAUAGACGAUUUUGAAGAUCCUGUCGUUGAUCUGACAGGGGUCACUGAUAAAGAAAGAAAUUAUUCGGGUUCAAGUCGUACUUUGUCAGCAGAUGAAACUGGUGACAUGACAUAUGGACCAAGUAUGGAUUACAACUCCUCAAGAUUAACAGCUAAUGACAGCCAGCUCUCAUUGGGUACAGGCACUUUUGGUGGAUCUCUUAUACAACGCAGGGCAAGUAUGAGUUCUGUGCAACCUACUGGUGGGCCCACUGCCGAAUCUCAAAAACUGAAUGCUUCCUGGCCAAGAAGUAACACAAGUAAAGCAACAAUGCCAUCAAACAAACUUGAUAGUCCGCAUUUGAGUUUCCUAUCUCCAAAAACUCUAAAGUUACUGAACUUAGAUCCAAGUAAAUAUGUUCGGCCAAGAACUAAUUCUGAGAGUAAUUUGGCCAAGCCUCCUGUGAAAGUCGAUGUACCAGUUAACAAUAACAUGGGUCUUCUGCAGAUUGCCAACAGAUUAAAUGAUGCAGCAGCUAAAUGUAGCAAGAAAAGUGGAGAAGAUCGAUCUUCAAGAUCACCUUCAGUUGAAAGAUGCUCCUCUCAAAUGGCGAGUGGGCCUUUUUCACCCAUUGAGCCAGUGAGAAGUGAAAGGUCCAAAUCUGUCGAACGAGGUAGCAUAGUUCAAACAAAUGUUGGAUCUUAUCCAAAUUCGAGUGGUGGUGGAUUUUCUAUGCUAAAAUGGAAAAACUUGCCAAGUCGACCGUUUUCACCCCCAGUUAGAAUGGUAGCCAGGUCUAGAUCUCUUUCUGUUGAAAAAGAGAAACUUUUGUUAAAAACCUCUGCUGACAAUAACAUAGAAUUAGUGAAAAAUAUUGAUGGCGACCAACAGAGUAAAACCGUAGAGUCAACUGAACCUUUUUUGCCACCAAACUUAAAUUCAAAUUCGCCAUUAGCUGUAAGAAGAGGAAGAUCUGUUUCAGAUCCAAUUUCAUCAACACCAAAACCUGUGGGAUUCUCAUCUCCAGUUGUUGAAAAAAGUCAGAGGGACGAAGAAGUGAAGAAAGUUUUGAUAUCUGACACAAGUGAGGCUGAAGAAAGUAUGGAUCUAACAGAUGAUAUAAACACUGGAAAUGAAUGUGGAACUGCAGUUGCUACUGAAUCUGAUGUAGGUGUGCUUGAUACUGAUACAGCUGACGCAACUGUUUCAACAGUCAAUAAAGACAAUGAUUCAUUGAACUCAAUUGAGACAGCAACUGAAAGUUUGUCAAGACCUGUAACUGAAAAUUCACUUUCAGAAGCAUAUGAUGGUGAGAGCGAAGGUUUCGGUCCAAAUGUUACUGAAAGUGAUUUGUCAGAAAAUAUUACUUCCCAAAAUGACACUGUUGAGGGUGAAAUGACUGAGGAAGAAAAUGAAAAUUCUGUGACAGACACAACAGCAGAUUGUUCUGAAACAAUUGUAGUUAUGACUGAUAGUGGGGAGAUGUUAAGUGAAGAAGAGGCUAUACGAAUUGUACAAGAGGUUAUGGCAAGUGGAACUGAUGUUGCAGAAGAUAAUGGUGGUGGUGUUUUAUCUAAUGUUGAAAACAAUGAGUAUGAUGUUGAUAACAAUGAUGACUUGAUUAACACAAAGAAUGACAAUAAUGAAGAACAAAAUAUUUCUGAUGAUAAAAAUCAAAACUGUGAACAGAGUGAAGGUACAGAGAGUGGAUUCAUUCAAAAUCCAAACAUACAAAACAUAACAAAUGAUUCUUGUGAACUGACACGGAAAACUUCAAGCCCAUUUAUUCCUCAGAUCGUUGAAUCAGGCAGUACACCUGAUCUUGAAAGUAACUUUAGUCAUGGUGCUAGGGGUAUAUCAAUAAAGAAGAGGUUUUUAUCUGCAAAUGAAAAGACUGAACUUACAGAAAACUUAACUGAAAUUGAGGCUAAAUUGGGAAUAGGCAGUAAUAAUGAUGAAAAUCUUCAAAAAGAAAAAGAUGAAAUAAAUGUUGAAGUUGAUGAGAAAUUGAAAGGUGAUGAAGAUGAAUCAAAUGAGCAUGACAGUGAAAAGGUUGUCUUUGAGAUAGGUGAAGAUGAUGAAGAACAGGUCGAAGAAAUAGAUGACAAUAAAGACAAACAAAUUAGUUGUCAGUUGGAAGAAGACAUAAAAGAUGAUAAUAAUAUGGAAGUCAUUGCCAUUGAUGUGGAUAGGAGCAAUAAUGAUAGCCCUGAAAUGGAAGUAUUAGCUGUGGAUCCAGAAUCUGAUAGCGAAAGUGAUGUCAUGGAUAUUACAGAAUCUGUUUUAAAAGCUACAGGAAAUGGGAAUGAGAUUGUUGAAUUAGAUUGUGAAGAGGAAAAAGAAAUAAUAAAAUUAGAUCAGGAUGGAAUAGAAGGCAAAUUAGACAUCAGUAACAAAGUUGAUGAAUCAAUUGAGAAAAUAACUAAUGACAACUUAAACAAAGAUGAAGUUGACGGUGAUAGAACAACAAAUGGAAUAGAAUUGAUAAAUGAAAGAAGUAGAAGUCCAGCGAUAGAAAGGGAUGUAAUAUUAAAGUCAGAAAUGGAUUGCAUCCCGAGGUCUGGACUAACAUCUGUUAUAACUUACAGCUUAAAAGAAAAAUUAGAUAAAGAAGGCAAAGAUAUAGGUUCCAGGGGUAUUGGAAGAUCGCCUGUGACGAUGAUACCUUAUCCUGUGAGAAAGGGGCUUACAAGUCCUUUAAGGUACAGAAUUGGGGGCGAAGAAAAUUCUGAAGGAGAUUGUAUAAUGGAGUCAUCAGUUAUGAUUAGUUUGGAGGAAGAACAGCGAGCAAUGAUGGAAUUGCCCGUUCUAGAUCCCAUUUCUAAGAGGAUCAAGGAAGAAAGCAUUGCUAAGAGUUGCCCAGGAGAAAAGGGUCCAUUUAAAUGUGAAAAGUGUAAAAGAGAGUAUAGGACUGAAAUAAGUUAUCAGGUACAUACUGAUAACUGUAACUUCUGCAUUAGUUCUAGUGAUGAUGAUAAUGAAGAUUCCAUGGAUGAUAAAAAUGAAACAAGAGAAAGGAGAAUAACACGGUCAUCGAAAAGAACAGAUAGUAUAGAAAUGGAAAGUUCAGAAGGAGAUAAAGAACAAUUAGUUGCACAUGAAACUGGUGAAUGUGCUAGAACAACUUUAAGGAAGAACACAUUGAAUCAAAGAUUGGCUAAAGAAGCGGAUAAGGCAAGAGGAAAGAAUGAUGACGUCCGUAGUCCAACUAGAAGUGGAAGACAGUCUUUGAAUAGAGUUUGUGAAGAUGAUAAUCAUAAGAAUGAUACUGUUGAUGGGGAUGUUAAGAAUUCUGAGGAUAAGGGUGGGCGAUCAUCACAAAGGGGUAGACGAAACUCAAAACCAGACAUUGGAAAUUCUGGUAAGAGUUCUGGUCUUAUUGAAAAGGGGACUAACUCGAGGAUGAACUCGCCGGAAAGUAAUUCAAGAAUGACUUCCCCUAGUUUGUCUGAAACUGGUUCGGAUGCUGGAAAGAGAGGAAGGGGGCGACCAAGGAAAAGUAAUGUUAGUGAAGAUAAUGUAAAAGAUAAAACUGAUGAGGCAGAUGAGGAAACUGGUUCUGAUGGUAAAAAGAAGGGAAGAGGAAGGCCUAAGAAAAUUACUGCUAAUGAGGAAACUUCCGUACAGAAGACUAAUAGUGAUUCAGAUGAUGAUGAAUCAAAAGUUACAUCUAGGAGCACUAGAAGUAAAUCUAGGAAAAGCGACAUUGGUGAUUCUGGAGAGGAUGUUGAAUUAAGAGGUGGAAAAAGAAUUCAAAGAAAACUUGCCAGAAGCAAUUCCCAAGAUUCCCAGCCAGAUUUUGAUGCUGAACUUAGAAUGAAAUUAGAAAGAGAAAGAUUACUUCUAGCUGAGAUGGUGAACAGAAAAAGACAUUUGUCAAGUCAGAGUGUAACAGAAUCAACAUUCCUGGAUGAAGACACACCUCAAGUUAAAAAGAGGCAUGUACAAGAGUUGAAUGCUGAAAAUAAUGCAGAUCAUGGUCUUAUAUCAACACCAAAGCCAGCAGAGAAAGCAAGAAAGAAAAGAAGAAGGGGUAGACCUAAGAAAGAUACAAGUCAACAAGACAAGCAAGCAAAUAUGGAGGUUAUAAAUCUGGACAGUUCAAGUGAUGAGGAAGAUGAGUAUUUGGAUCCAGUAAGUGGUUUGAUAGUUGAUAAGAAAACUGGGCAAGCAAGAAGCCCAACAGUUCACAGAGAGGAAAAUACUGAUGUAACUGAGCCAGUUGAAAAUAUUGAUGUUGAUAAUAAAGAUAUGGUUGAUGGUUGUAAGGAUUCAGCUAUGGUUGAAGGUUCUUCAGAACCACAGGAGACAAGAGAAAAGAGUGUUGAGAAGAAAUUGGAAACAGAAGAUGCAGCUAAUGGUAAGAAACCUGAAUUUGAACAAGAGAAAUCAAACACUUCUAAAGUUAGAAUAAAUUCAGAUGAUAAUGUAGACACAAACAAAUCAAACCAUUCUGAAAGUAAACAAGUAGCUGAUUUUGAUACUUGCAUUAGAAAGGCUGACACUGAGAAUGAAAAGAAGGUUGAAGCUAAUACAGUUAAGGGAAGUAUGGAAACAAGAGAAGAAGUUGAAACAUGUAAAUCUAGCAAUGAUAUCUGUGACAACAAGAUGGAAACAAAUGAUAGCCGAGACUCAGAAAAGCAGCUUUGUGCAAAGAUCUCAAUUGAUAAAAAUGAUGAUUUAACCACCAUUAAAGAUGUUAAAAACCAAUCAACUGAAAAAGCUGAUAAACCUGUCGCGAAAGAUAAUAAAAACCCAUCCACUUACAAAGAUAGUAAGGUUACCACUAAAGAUAAUAAAAAUCAAUCCUUUCAAGAUUUCAAAGAAGAUGAAAAGAAAAAAAUGCCAGGUCUUCCGCAAGCUGUUCUGAAAUUGCUUAAAGAAGGCCAUAAAGUUGUGAUAAAAAAUCCAAAAACUGGGAAAAACUUCAUGUGGCAGAAAACCGAAACUGGUUACAUUGGAAAACCAUUUGACAAAGAAUUGCCUGAGAUAAAGAAAAAAAAUGCAAGUGAUGAUAAUAGCGGUACAAACACUGGUACUUUAGUCGAAACCAAGAAGGCAGUCAGUGUUGGUAAAUCUUAUAAAACAAAAAUGGUUAGUGAAGAAACCCAAAGAACUAAGCUAAAGCUGCAGGCAGCUAUUAAUGAAAAGACUCUUACCGCUUCUAAAUUACUUUUUGGAAAGAAAAAUGAGCCUCAAAAUGUAAAAGCAACAACACUUGGUGGCCAAAUGAAUGAGACACAAAUACAGAAGCCAGAAUUUGUAGCUAAAAAGAUUCAAGAUGCAUUGUUCAGUCGGAACUCAAUGAAUGUGGAGACUUCUAGGUUGGAUAAAAAUGUGUUUAUCCGUACAGCAUUGACAUCAGAUCAAAUGGUUAAACCAGAUCAGAAGAUGAUCAUCCAGAGAAGGACUAAGUUGGUGGCUAACAAUAUUGAACAUUUUGUUGAAAAACUAUCACAAACAUCAUAUAGUACUGCUCAAUCUACUGGUCAAACUUCAGCAAGAUCUUCAGAAAUUCUAUAUGCAACUCCAAUAUCAAAUAGUGGGGAACAGCAGUUUUCUGCAGAAUAUGUUGGUGGACUUCUAAUAUCUACACCUAAAAGUAAAUACAAUAUUGAAACAAUCAAACACAGGAUUGAAAGUACAGCACCACUGGCGUCGCACGCCUUACAGAAUACAAUACAGCAAAUCAGCAGUGCAAAUGUUCUUCCAAACAUAUUACAAGGUUGUAAUCAAAGUGUUGUUUCUAUUGCUCCCAGUAAUAUGAAUUCAACUUCAAUGUUUUCAUCUUCGCUGACUGGUUCAUUAAAUUUUACUCCGACUGGUUUUGGAAAUCUUCAGUCUGGAUUUAGUAAUAUUCAGACAGGUCUACCAAAUUUUCAAACCACAUUGCCUGCAAUAGAGACUGGUUAUAUCAACAUUCAGGCACCAAUGCCAGCCUUUCAGACUGGUUUAAACUUCCAAGGGGUUCAGUCUGGUUUUACAGGUCUUCAAACUCAGACUGGUUUAUUUCAAGGAAACAUGCAGUCUGAAAUGAUUCAAGGGAAUGUGCAACCCAGUCUAGUUCAGGGAAAUAUACAGACUGGUUUUAUUCAAGGAAAUUUGCCAACAUUAGUUCAAAGCCAAACUGGUUACCAAGGUAUGCAGCAGACUGGUUUUAAUGCAAGUGGAGUGUCUUCAGUACAAAUUGUAAACCAGUCAAAUGUUCCAAUUCAUGUGAAUACUACACCACAAGGAACGUUUCAAUCCAUUUCUCAAGUGCCUUUAGCUGUCAACAUGGGAAUGAUGAAUGUCCCUAUGGCUUCAUACCCUGCCAGCUCAGGGUCUUCAUAUCAAACUGGACUUGUAUCACAGAUUAGUCCAAAUUACUGCAGCAUUCAGCCAAAUCUCUCUCUAAAUGAUGUUCAUUCUUACACAGUGAAGGGCCCAGCAUAUUCCUGUGCUCUAACAUCAAGUUCACUUGCAUCAAAUUCCUGCAGUCAGCAGAUUGUGAAUUCAGAGAGUAGCAGAAAUUACAAUGUACCAGCACCAUUAACUAUUUUGCAGAAAAUUUCACAGAAAAUUUCGCCAAAAUCUUCACUUCAGACAACUCAGACGUCACAGAAUUCUGUUCCGGUAUUCAACCAGAAUCAAAACCAGUCCAUAUGUACUGCUAGUUCAUCAUCGCAGAAAAGUCCACAAUUGGUUAAACUUACCCACGGGGGAGGUUCAGUCAAAUUUCAUGACAAGUUCAACUCCUUCUUGAAGAAAAGAACUUCCUUAGUAUCGAGAAAGUCUUAUACAUUGAAAGACCGAAAAUCAAAGGUGCCUUUUGUAGAAGUAGAAAAAAUGGGCAUCGAUCAGCGAACCAACGUUAUUUCUGUGAAACUGUCAAAUGAAACUACGCAGCAGCCGAAAAGGAAGACGGUAUGGGGAAGUAACAAAGAUUUGUUGAAGUUAAAAAAGAAGUUGUUGGGGGAUAUGAAGUUCACAAAAAAAGGUCCGAAAAAACGAGGUCGAAAGAAGAAACUGGAUGCGGAGAAUGUGGAGCCGAAGGGGAUGAAGGGCAGUGCGAACAAAUCUAUGCCUCUACACAGCCAGAGGGAGACUUCAUCCCUGCCUGCCGCAGCUUUAGAAGAGGAAGUACACGAUGUCCCCAUGUCUGUCCUAGAGGAGAGGGGAGCAAAUGGGGGUGGUGAUGUAGAGGGUCAUAAUCUAGGACAUCUGGAGUUUGAGAUCACCAGUGAUGAUGGCUACAGCUGGCGAGCUGACACACUUAAUGGAGCAUGGAAGCAGGUGACGGAAAAAGUUCAGGAUGCCCGCACAGCCAGUAGACAGAAACACCUGUCUUAUGCAGGACUGUCUGGGGUCCAUAUGUUUGGCCUAGGUCAUCCACAAGUCAUUAAUCUGGUAGAACAACUGUACGGGGCCAGCUACUGUCGCAGAUACCAUUUCAAAUACCAUAAACAUGAGCUGGCAGAGAGGGAAAUUGAACUACUCAAUCCAACUGGCAGUAUACGCACUGAGCCAUUCACGGGACGAAACCCAACAGACAUGUUCAGCUUCCUUAUGUCUCGAUAUCGUCAGCUGCCGAUGCCAACGAGUGCCGACUUGGACGUUGAAAUGGCCCUGAAAUCGUCCCGGCGAGCAACAAGCAUGGAUUUGCCAAUGGCAAUGAGGUUUAGAAAACUGAAGGAAUUUUCUAAGGAAUGCGUUGGGGUGUACAGGUCAACAAUCCAUGGGCGAGGUUUGUUCUGCAAACGAAACAUAGAUGAUGGGGAGAUGAUUAUCGAGUACUCAGGGGAGAUAAUUAGAAACGCACUCACCGAUUUACGCGAGAAAUAUUAUGAAAGCAAGGGUAUUGGAUGUUACAUGUUCCGGAUAGACGACCAUGAUGUUGUGGACGCUACCAUGAGGGGAAGUGCUGCAAGAUUCAUUAACCACUCGUGUGAUCCAAACUGUUACUCGAAGGUGAUCAACGUGGACAACAGAAAACACAUAGUCAUCUUUGCCAUGCGGAAGAUAUUUCGAGGUGAAGAGCUGACGUACGACUAUAAGUUCCCAAUAGAAGAGGUGAAGAUUCCUUGUACAUGUGGGUCCAAGAGAUGUCGGAAAUACCUUAACUGAGUCAGAGUGUACAAUUCGGGUCUUCGUGAUGGAUGUCGGAAAUACCUUAACUGAACCAAAGUGUACAAUUCAGGUCUUCGUGAUGGAUGUCGGAAAUGCCUUAACUGAGCAAGAGUGUACAUUCAUGUCUUCAUGAUGGAUGAUUAAAUUAUCGUAACUGAGUCGAAGUAUUCAUUCAGGUAUUAGCAAUGAAUGGAGGAAUUGUCUUAGCUGAGCUGCAGUUUGCUGUUUGAUGAAUCUUCACAGUGUAAUUACCUACUUCCAGUUUGAAGCAAUGUUUGAUUUAUCUUGACUGAGCCACAAUACAGUAUAUAUGCAGGUUAAAGCAGUCGGAACUAUCUUAACUGUGCUGGAAUAUUGAUGCUGCUUCAAGUGUCAUGGGAUUUGUCUGAAUAAAGCCUCUGUUUUCUAUAUGGGUUCAUUAGCAGAAACCAAUAUAUGAUGAUAAAAAAAGUAUAAUAAGUAUCAAUUAUCAGGUAAAAUUUCAUUCAUGAUGAUUAAAGAUGUUAAAAUUGAAAUUUACAGUGGACUGUCUUGUUAGGAAAGCCAAACUAUAGCUUGAAUUAUUGCUCACAAAUAAUACCAAGGGAUGUGAAAACCAGAAAGAAGUUGACCCUAAGUUAUGUAUGAUUAUUCAUGAUAAAGCUAUAACAUGUGUGUACGGUAGUUUUUUGCUGUUUUUUUUCCCCAGAAAAUGGGGGCGGAAAGGGUGCCCUGCCCAUUCACAAACCAAAAAAAUAUUCAAUUUUUUUUUUUUUAAUUUUAACAUGUCAAAAAGUACAGAUAUGUGAAAAUGCAUUCUUAAUCUCUUAAAAUUAUGUAUGUUAAAGUGCCUUAGCUUUGUUUCCUUGUUUGAAAUAUAUUUUCAUAAAUUCACAAUUUUUAGCUGUUGUCAGUAUUUUCACAAUCCAAGGGCCCUGAGCCCUUUCACAAAAAGGUGACGAAAAAAAAACUAUGAUCUGUAUAAAACCAUGCAUAUUGAUGAUUUGUCUUACACUGUGCAGUUUGUAAAAUAUAACCAUACUGCUUUUCAUGAUAUUUUUCAUGGCUUGAUUUAACUUGUUAACGCUAAACCGGUUGAAAAAUAUAAAUAUACUGCUUUUCAGGAUGUUUUUCAUUGCUUGAAUUAACGAAAGAAUGCAUAUAUUCAUGUUUCAUGUUAUUGACUCGUUGAAAAGAAUAUUAAAAUGUUUGUUACAUAUUAAGAAGAUGUAUAUAGUCAUAGAUGUUUUAUUGUUGAGGUGAAUCGAUACAUUUCAGAUUGUAAAUAUUGUUACUGCUAUUUAUUUUGUUCAAAGGAAUACAUGUGUAUAUACAACGAGAAAUGUUUAUGGGUGUAAAUAGUUUUAUCAAAUUAUUGACACUUUAUGGCCAUUUAUGCCUUCUUUUCAAAGAGUGAUUAAAUGUAAAAUAUUUGGGAAAGUUUUGACAUACAUUAAAUAAAAGAAGAGCAUUUUUUUUACUAGUUUUCUUAAGCAGAAGGAUUCGAACUGGGUACCUCUGCAUCUGUUGUCAGCAACAUUAUCGCCACUUUGGACAAUUUUGUAUACCUAGUUUUGUUUUAUAAACAAACCUUAAGUGUGAUGGAAACUGUCAACAGUGGAUUGUUUUAGAUGAAUUAGACAUAUUUUAGAAACAAAUUUAGUAUCUGGUACAUGUUAACUUGGGCUUACAAUAUUUGGUAGAAAAUAUGUGCACUACUUUGAUAUAAUGUGUUGCUGUGACAGAAGUUGUUAAUUGUCUUUCACUUGUUAUUUUAGUCCAGAGGAUUGCGUGUUUAAAGCCUAUUUCUUUUCAAGAUGAAAUUAUGUUGGAAAUGAUCCUCUUCCAUGCCUUGUUCUGACUUAUUCCCAAGGUAAAAUUCUGUAAAAUCAUGCGGAAUUUUCAAUUUCGAGAUAUACUCCUUGAAAUUUUAUUACUUCCAAUUAAAAGAUUUUAGUGGAAUUUGUCCAAAUAAAUGAGCAACAACUUUUCAAAAGGCAUAGAAAAGGCUUGUAUAAUAUGGCUCUGUCAAUCAUUGUCAAAUUGAUAACGCUGCCAAUUUUAUGAUUAAAGAACUGUGUCCGUCUCUCAUUUCGUGUACUGUACUUUUGAUAGUUACGAAAUAUAUACAUUUUUACAUACCCAUAUGCUUGAGAUUUAGUGUCUGUUAGUCAUACAGCCACCAGACCUUUGUGUUCAUUGUUUUAUUUUGUCUUUGUUAAAAUGGUUGUUUUGUCUCAAAAGCAGAGCAGGGCCCUCAAUCUAAUUCUUUGGGGGAGGGGUCAAAUCAAUCUGCUUUUAAGGGGGCCUACUAUGGGCUACAGUACUGACCUUCAAAAAUGCCUUUUUUCCUCAUGAGAGUUACAUAAUCGUUUAUUUGUCCUAAAAUAUGCUUUCCAUAAAAUGUUUUUCUCAAAAUUAAUUAUAUAAAGUCAUAUAUAAUUAAACGGUUAAACCUACAUGUAUCUAUUAAUGAAAAGAAGCAUUAAUAGAUACAUGUAGGUUUAAAUAGUGUGAAAUUGUUUUGAAAAAAGGUAAUUAUAAACUAUCAGGAUGAUUUUAUUCGAAAAUUAAUUAUAUAGAAUCCCCACCCACUGAUAUGUUUGAAAUUCACCUGUUAAAAGGCUGUGGGUCCCUUUCCCUUAAAGUAGAUUUAUGGCCCUGUCAAGUAAUGUACAUGUAGAUAUCAUUCGUCCAAGUGAUUUAAGUUCCAAAAUUUAGUGUUUACAUUAUGUCUUGCAUUUGUUGAUAUUUCUUUGUCUUUAAUAUAAUUGUCAUAAUUUAUAUUACAGAUUUUGCAUUUUGCAGAGUUUUUGAAGACUUUCUAAGAUUUUAUUCAUAAUCAACAUUCAUUUUCAUAUGUUAAAAACUGCAUAAACCUAAUUGUAAAUAUUGCUUGUAAAUAUUAACUUAACAGAAUUUGCCCAGAAAUAUAUUGGAUUCUUUAUGUAACAUUCGUGCAUAAACGAUAUUAUUUUAUGUAUUACUUCAGAUCUUGAGUGACGCAGAUUAGAUUAAAAUAUAGAAAUCUG